UAUUUGUUGGCGCAGGGCUCUGAUGGUAAUUGCCGGUAAACUGUCAUAAAUAUGCCUGCAAUUUUGUUGUGUAUCAUUAAAGUAAAGCAAAGCGUACCGAAGAAGUAUUUGACUGUUUUUUUAUUUUGAUAGUCUUAAUGGAGGAUGAACUUGUUCCACGAUUGCCUGUUGAUCAGGAGAAUAUUGAUUUUCAAGGCUGGCACAUAAGUUAUUUCAAAUCUCACAUACUAAAAAGUAUCUGCAAAAAAGGCCAAGACGAAUUUUGUAAAGCUGGAGAGGAUGAAUUUUGCGAAUUAUGCACUUAUCGACAUAAUUUGGAUUUACCUCAUCUUCCGGACAUGGUUUUCCAUAAAAAUAAAUUAUCUCUAACCCACGUCGGAGGUGCAGUAUUAGAGUUUUUACCAAUGGAUGCUUUGCGUCGUGUGGAAAACGGAAAGCAACCGUUACAAGUUGCAUGCGCUCAGGAGUGGAAAGAUAGUAGACCUGAAAGUCUUAUGGAGGAAAAAUUUAAGCCAUUUGAUUGGACUUUUACCACUGACUAUCAAGGAACAGCAAAUGAUAAAUUUCGUGUUGAAAAAACUGACCAGCAGUUGAACAAAUUUAAAUUAAUGCAGAGAGAAAAAAUAUUGUUUUAUCACGAUCUAACGUUAUUUGAAGAUGAACUUCACGACAAUGGUAUCUCAUCUUGCUCUGUUAAAAUUAGAGUUAUGCCAUCAGGGUUUUUCAUUUUGCUGAGAAAUUUUCUGCGUGUUGAUAAUGUUCUCCUUAAAAUUCAUGAUACAAGGUUUCAUUACGAAAUUGAAAAUAACUACAUUUUUAAGGAAUUUACUAAGCGUGCUGCUACAUAUGAGGAAUUAAAAAAUGUUCCACCUCCAUACUUUACAAUACCAAAUGAAAUAGAACAGCACAUGCCCAUAAAAGAAAAAGAAGCUUAUAAAUUAUAUUUCAAAUAGGAUGUUCAUACGGUUGUGUUCGCAAAAAAUAACUGCAAAACAGUUACUUUUUAUUAUAGAUUCUUUAUGACUAAACAAAUUUUAUGCAGAAAGUUUUAAAUAUACACAGUUAGUGCGUUAUUAUUAUUUCAAUAAAUACACACAAUUGAUUUUUAA